ACUUUUUAUUUGUGAGUGUGGCAGAAAUCCUUCUAAACUAUAGCAAACAUGCCAUAUGAAUAAAAGAACUGAAUUGAAAAGCUCUCCAGUGGGUAUUAUGCAAAACACCCAUGACCAUUUCAGUGACCACAUCCCUGACCUUUACUACAUCCCUGACCAGUCUCCUGACCAAGGCCACUGCCCUGACCAAGACCACUCCCCUGACCACUGCCCUGUCCACUCCCCUGACCAAAGCCGCUUCCCUGACCACUGCCCUGACCGCUUCCCUGACCAAGACCACUUCCCUGACCAAGGCCGGUUCCCUGUCCGCUCCCCUGACCAGUCCCUUGACCACUGCCCUGACCAAAACCAAUUCCCUGUCCGCUUCCCUGGCCAGUCCCCUGACCACUACCCUGGCCGCUCCCCAGACCAUUGCCCUGACCAGUCCCUUGACCACUGCCCCGUCCGCUCCCCUGACCAGUCCCUUGACCGCUGCCCUGGCCAAGACCGAUUCCCUGUCCAGUCCCCUGACCACUGCCCUGUCCGCUCCCCUGACCAAAGCCGAUUCCCUGCCCAGUCCCCUGACCAAGGCCGGUUCCCUGUCCGCUCCCCUGACCAGUCCCUUGACCACUGCCCUGACCAAGACCGGUUCCCUGUCCGCUUCCCUGGCCAGUCCCCUGACCAAGGCCGCUCCCCUGACCAGUCCCUUGACCACUGCCCUGCCCGCUCCCCUGACCAGUCCCUUGACCACUGCCCUGUCCACUCCCCUGACCAGUCCCUUGACCACUGCCCUGACCAAAACCGAUUCCCUGCCCGCUCCCCUGACCAAGACCACUUCCCUGACCACUGCCCUGUCCGCUGCCCUGACCGCUCCCCUGGCCAAUACCGAUUCCCUGUCCAGUCCCCUGACCAAGACUAGUCCCCUGACCAAGACCAGUCCCCUGACCACUGCCCUGUCCGCUCCCCUGACCAAAGCCAAUUCCCUGCCCACUGCCCUGACCAAGGCCGCUUCCCUGACCGCUGCCCUGACCAAGGCCGCUUCCCUGACCGCUGCCCUGACCAAAACCGAUUCCCUGUCCGCUGCCCUGACUGCUUCCCUGACCAAGGCCGGUUCCCUGUCCACUGCCCUGACCAGUCCCUUGACCACUGCCCUGACCAGUCCCUUGACCACUGCCCUGACCAGUCCCUUGACCACUGCCCUGACCAAAACCGAUUCCCUGUCCAGUCCCCUGACCAAGGCCGCUCCCCUGACCAAGGCCCUGUCCAAGGCCACUCCCCUGACCAAAGCCGAUUCCCUGACCACUGCCCUGGCCAAAACCGAUUCCCUGUCCAGUCCCCUGACCAAGGCCGCUUCCCUGUCCACUCCCCUGACCAAAACCGAUUCCCUGUCCGCUUCCUUGGCCAGUCCCCUGACCAAGGCCACUUCCCUGACCAAGACCGGUUCCCUGUCCGCUUCCCUGGCCAGUCCCCUGACCAAGGCCGCUCCCCUGACCAAGGCCCUGUCCGCUACCCUGACCAAAACCGACUCCCUGCCCGCUCCCCUGACCAGUCCCUUGACCACUGCCCUGUCCACUCCCCUGACCAGUCCCUUGACCACUGCCCUGACCAGUCCCUUGACCACUGCCCUGACCAGUCCCUUGACCACUGCCCUGACCAGUCCCUUGACCACUGCCCUGACCAGUCCCUUGACCACUGCCCUGACCAAAACCGAUUCCCUGUCCAGUCCCCUGACCAAGGCCGCUCCCCUGACCAAGGCCCUGUCCAAGGCCACUCCCCUGACCAGUUCCCUGACCAAAGCCGAUUCCCUGACCACUGCCCUGGCCAAAACCGAUUCCCUGUCCAGUCCCCUGACCAAGGCCGCUUCCCUGUCCACUCCCCUGACCAAAACCGAUUCCCUGUCCGCUUCCUUGGCCAGUCCCCUGACCAAGACCACUACCCUGACCACUACCCUGUCCGCUCCCCUGACCAGUCCCUUGACCGCUGCCCUGACCAAGACCACUUCCCUGACCAAGACCAGUUCCCUGACCACUCCCCUGACCAGUCCCUUGACCACUGCCCUGACCAAAACCAAUUCCCUGUCCGCUUCCCUGUCCAGUCCCCUGACCAAGACCACUGCCCUGUCCGCUCCCCUGACCAGUCCCUUGACCAAGUCCACUUCCCUGACCAGUCCCUUGACCACUGCCCUGACCAAAACCGAUUCCCUGUCCGCUUCCCUGUCCAGUCCCCUUACCAAGACCACUGCCCUGUCCGCUCCCCUGACCAGUCCCUUGACCAAGUCCACUUCCCUGACCAGUCCCUUGACCACUGCCCUGACCAAAACCGAUUCCCUGACCAGUCCCUUGACCACUGCCCUGACCGCUUCCCUGGCCAGUCCCCUGACCAAGACCAGUCCCCUGACCACUGCCCUGACCGAUUCCCUGACCAGUCCCUUGACCACCGCCCUGUCCACUCCCCUGACCAGUCCCUUGACCACUGCCCUGGCCAAAACCGAUUCCCUGUCCGCUUCCCUGGCCAGUCCCCUGACCAAGGCCGCUCCCCUGACCAAGGCCCUGUCCGCUGCCCUGACCAAGUCCACUCCCCUGACCACUGCCCUGACCAAAACCGAUUCCCUGCCCGCUCCCCUGACCAAGACCACUUCCCUGACCACUGCCCUGUCCGCUCCCCUGACCAAAGCCGCUUCCCUGCCCAGUCCCCUGACCAAGGCCGCUUCCCUGACCACUGCCCUGAGCAAGGCCGCUUCCCUGACCACUGCCCUGACCAAAACCAAUUCCCUGUCCGCUUCCCUGACCAAGACCACUUCCCUGACCAAGGCCGGUUCCCUGUCCACCUCCCUGACCAGUCCCUUGACCACUGCCCUGACCAAAACCAAUUCCCUGUCCGCUUCCCUGGCCAGUCCCCUGACCAAGGCCGCUCCCCUGACCAAGGCCCUGUCCAAGGCCACUCCCCUGACCAGUUCCCUGACCAAAGCCGAUUCCCUGACCACUGCCCUGGCCAAAACCGAUUCCCUGUCCAGUCCCCUGACCAAGGCCGCUUCCCUGUCCACUCCCCUGACCAGUGCCCUGACCAAAACCGAUUCCCUGUCCGCUUCCCUGGCCAGUCCCCUGACCAAGACCACUCCCCUGACCACUGCCCUGUCCGCUCCCCAGACCACUACCCUGACCAAGUCCACUUCCCUGUCCAGUCCCCUGACCACUGCCCUGACCAAAACCGAUUCCCUGACCAGUCCCCUGACCACUGCCCUGUCCACUCCCCUGACCAAGGCCAGUUCCCUGUCCACUCCCCUGACCAGUCCCUUGACCACUGCCCUGUCCACUCCCCUGACCAAAACCAAUUCCCUGUCCGCUUCCCUGUCCAGUCCCCUGACCAAGACCACUCCCCUGUCCAAAGCCAAUUCCCUGGCCACUCCCUUGACCACUCCCCUGGCCAGUCCCUUGCCCAAUUCCCUGACCAAAACCAAUUCCUUGACCACUCCCCUGGCCAAAACCAAUUCCCUGGCCUCUCCCUUGCCCACUCCCCUGGCCAAAACCAAUUCCCUGGCCACUCCCUUGACCACUCCCCUGGCCAGUCCCUUGCCCAAUUCCCUGACCAAAACCAAUUCCUUGACCACUCCCCUGGCCAAAACCAAUUCCCUGGCCGCUCCCUUGCCCACUCCCCUGGCCGAAGCCACUCCCCUUGCCAAAACCAAUUCCCUGGCCGCUCCCUUGCCCACUCCCCUGGCCAAAACCAAUUCCCUGGCCGCUCCCUUGACCACUCCCCUGGCCGAAGCCACUCCCCUGGCCAAAACCAAUUCCCUGGCCGCUCCCUUGACCACUCCCCUGGCCAAAGCCACUCCCCUUGCCAAAACCAAUUCCUUGGCCGCUCCCUUGACCACUCCCCUGGCCGAAGCCACUCCCCUGGCCAAAACCAAUUCCCUGGCCGCUCCCUUGACCACUCCCCUGUCCAAAACCAAUUCCCUGGCCGCUCCCUUGACCACUCCCCUGGCCGAAGCCACUCCCCUGGCCAAAGCCAAUUACCUGGCCAAAGCCAGGCACUUGGCCAAUUCCUUGAGCACUUGGCUCACUGCAGGCAUGGCCACUGGUGGUUGGGCAACAUUUCUGUGUGGCAGUACACUGGCCAUCAUGGAAACAGCUUUCAGCAAAUGGGGGAAUCAUCUCUGGUAUGGGACACUGACCUGGUUUCACUGCAUGGACAAAGAGAGUCCGCUUUAG